GGAAAGUGAAAGCACAAACGUUAUACAGAAGCCUCAGGGCAAUCAGCUGUGGACAUUGCCAGGUUCAAUCAGCAUUUUUUAGAUCUUUUAAAAGACCUGUCAGCAGGCGAUGGACCUACCAGUAGGUGGUACGUGGAAGUGCUACGUCUUGGGCUGAUAUCCCCACUUCUCCCGGUCCUUCGACUGUGCUCCUGACACUAAAAAAGAAGAAGACGAGGAGGCCAAAGACGGAGAGGACUGGAGCUGUAUUUGUAUACAAAGAUUUGCUGGUCACGAUAAAGGAUGUUGUUUAUCCAACUUUUCCUGUUUAUGCUUUUGGAUUAUAACCCAAUUCUAGGAUUAUUUGUAGUGACAGCUCCAAAAUCAACUUAUACUGUGAAGCAUGGGGAUACGAUCCAAAUGAUAUGCAAUUUUCCAGUCCCAAAAGAAGAUGACCUAAAUAAACUGCAAGUGUCCUGGCAACAAUUUCAAACAAAGCACCACGGAACAAGACAAGUAACAAUGUUUAACCAGGGGAGAGAAGAUGUAUUAAGCCAGGAUACAAUGUAUAAAGGAAGAGCAAGUUUGGUUACCCAAGCUUUGAAAAAUGGGAUGGCCAUUCUUCAAAUUGAAGAUGUGAAGCUUACUGAUGCAGGAACAUAUUUAUGUGUCUUACAGCUUGGUGGAUCUGAUUACAAGGAGAUGUCACUAAAUGUCCAAGCAUCGUACAGUAAAAUUGCAAAUUAUUCAGAGGUAUCAGAAGACAAUCAAAUAUCUUUCACAUGUGAGUCAUCAGGUUUUCCUGAGGCAGAGGUUUACUGGAAAAAAAAUGGAGUUAAUGUAAGUUCUCUGGUAACUACUUCCCACACUCAGAUUGAAGAUGGAUUGUAUAUAGUAACAAGCACAAUCAAAGGCAUUGACAUGAAUCACCUCUACCAUUGUGUAUUCUGGAACAAAGCACUUAAGGAAGAGACAGAAGCUUCACUCAAAUACUCAGGGCAUCUAGAGCUUCUAAAUGAUGGAUAUAAUUAUAACAGAUAUCCCCAGAGGAAUGGUAAGAUUGCUAAAAGUUCUCAGAAUACACACUUCUGCUUUCUACAUAUUAUUACAGGGGUUUUCCAGUUUUUCACAAAAAGUAUCUACUGUAAGCAUAGCUUAUAUCAGUACUUUGUGUUUCAAAUCCUCCAUAUUUUCAAGAUCUCUACUUACAUCCAGAUGCAGAAAACUUGUUCUGAUUCAGAAAACCAGAGCCCUAUGCAAAUGCCUCCUUAAGUUUCCAUUGGGCAUUCCUUCCUCCCUGAAGUUUCCCUCCCAGUUGCUCCAGGUGUCUACAUUAGCCUCUUGCCUCAUCCGAUGUCCUUUGCAAGAGACGUCAACAUGGGAUAGAUUGCAUAUACAAUGCAUUCAGAUAUUCUUUAGACCCUUUCACUUUUU